AUGGAGGGGGAAGAAGACAGCUCACGUGCUAUUCCUGGGGCUUCGCUUGGAGGCCUCCCGACACCGGCCUCCAGGGCCAGUUUUCGCUUGGGGAGCGUCUUCAAUGGGCAGGAAAUUGGGUGGGACGAUGCAAUCGCGACGAGGAGGCGUGAAGAGGUGCGGGAAUGGGAGUCUCAAGGACCUGGCCCAGUGACGGAGGAGCAAGGAACACGAGGAAAGGAGAAGGACCCGGAUUGGAGGCCGGCUCCGGGGGAGGCGGCCGGCACGAGUGGAGAAUCGGGUGAUGAGGGUUGGGGAGGGAGAGGAGGGGGCCAGGCUGGUGGCAGUGGCGCGCGUGGCAGCGGUGCAGCAGCAAAGAGGCCACGCACGAGUGGGCCUGUGGGGUCGGGAGCUGGAGGGGCCGGGCCGGCGUCGAAUUCGCAGCCGCAGGGGGCAGCCGCGGGUGGUUCUGAGGGGUCGGGCGCAGCAGGGGCAGGUACCUCCGCCGCUGCGGCAGGUGGUGCACCUUUGGGUGGGUCUGUGGGGGCUGGAGCAAGCCAGAGGUCCGACAGGGCGGGCAGGACCCCUACCGACGAGGAGCUGGACCCAUGGACUGAGGAGGCGUCAAUAGAACUCAUGGCGGAGAAGGAGGAGCGCAGAGCCCCAUGGCGCCAAGGAGACGAUGGUGGGGAACCUUCCCAAGGGGCUUGGUGA